AUGACAGUUUCGUCAUUAUCAUCCCGAUCAUCAAAUCAUGCAGUAGAGGAAGGUGCGAAAGUUAAUGUAAUAUCAAAUGAAGUCUUCCAACAACUUCCGAAUGAACCUAAGCUAAGAAAGAUGAACACAGUUCUCAAACCUUAUGGCAGUGGGAAUCUUCAGCCAUUGAAAUCAGCAGUGAUUCAAGCAAGAAUCAAUGGAAAAAUAAAAUAUUUAAAAUUUUAUAUUAAUGGUAGCAAUGCACCAACGUUAAUAGGACUGCCAACAUGCAGCGAAUCGAAAUUUUUGCACAGAACUGAUUGGGUAAAAUCUUUUGCUGAAAAAAACAACCUGUGCAGUGUGCACAGAUACAUGAGAAAUCUGCCAAUAUAUUCAAAGGUUUUGGUUGUUUACAAAAAGAGCACCACAUCACAGUUGAUCUAUCAAAACAACCAGUGA